ACUGAGUGAGCUGUGAUUGGUCACAGCUUGUCACAUGGUACAAGGCUUUUGUGAAUAGCCCUGUACCAUGUGACCUCUGUGAUCAUUCACAGAUUUCACACGUAGUAAGCAAUGAUGUCAGAAGUGACAUCUUGCUUACUACUCUGCAUGUGAUCACUGAUUGGCCAAUCAGUGAUCACAUGAUCGGGACCUCGCACAGAGGUCCCGUACAGAUCGGCGUUCCGCUGUGUCCAGUGAACACAGUGGGCACCGGAUUGCAGUGCUGCGCGCUUUUAGGGAGCACGCACAGCUUGAAAAUGCGGGCGCUGUUUAUGAACAGCAACCCGCUCCUGCACUGCUCCCAUCCGACUGGUUAUGUACAUGGGCCGGACAGGAAGUGGUUA